GGCUCCUGUCAUUUAUGACUAAUCAUUUUUCCUACAAUGAGGACUUUGCCCCAACACACCAAGUUCCCUCCUACUUCCUUUUGAUUUAAAUUCCUGCCAGGGCGAGCCGCACAGUUUCUGCUUCCUGUUUGUCAAAUGUGGCCGUCCUAUUUAGCAGCACCGACUCAGGCCUGAGAGCUGAUCAUGUCACUGAACCAACUUCAUAGCUGGCUGAAUGCUGUGGUCUUUGGGCUCCUGCUUCUCCUCCUCCAUGUGCAGGGUCAGGACUCAUCAGAGGCCAGCCACAUCAGAAACACACAAACAGGCCAGGUCCGAGGCAGCCUCAUCCGAGUGAGUGACACCAAAGUUGGUGUCCACAGAUUCUUGGGAAUCCCCUUUGCCAAGCCACCUGUAGGGCAACUGCGCUUUGCACCCCCUGAAGCCCCUGAACCAUGGAGUGGUGUGAGAGAUGGGACCUCCUACCCAGCCAUUUGUCUGCAAAAUGUUGAUAUGAUGAAUUCAGAGGGCCUAAAGAAGCUAAAAAUGAACCCACCUCCCAUCUCUAUGUCCGAGGACUGCCUGUAUCUCAACAUCUACACACCAGCUCAUGCCCAUGAGGGCUCUAAUCUGCCUGUGAUGGUGUGGAUCCAUGGUGGUGGUCUGGUUGUAGGAAUGGCCUCCAUGUAUGAUGGAUCCAUGCUUGCAGCCAUUGAAGAUGUGGUGGUGGUCACUAUCCAGUACCGUCUGGGUGUCCUGGGAUUCUUCAGCACUGGAGACCAGCACGCCAGAGGCAACUGGGGCUACCUGGACCAAGUGGCUGCCUUACACUGGGUCCAGCAGAACAUCGCCCACUUUGGAGGCAACCCUGACCAGGUCACCAUUUUUGGUGAGUCAGCAGGUGGCAUAAGUGUAUCUUCACAUGUUGUGUCUCCCAUGUCCAAAGGACUCUUCCACAGAGCCAUCAUGGAGAGUGGAGUAGCUGUGUUGCCUGGUCUCAUCUCCAGCUCCUCUGAGGUGAUUCACCAAACUGUGGCCAACCUAUCUGGAUGUGAAGUCAUGGACUCAGAAGCCCUGGUGCACUGUCUGAGAGGCAAGAGUGAAGCAGAAAUUCUGGCCAUUAACAAGGUCUUCCAGGCCAUCCCUGCUGUGGUGGAUGGAGAGUUCUUCCCCAGGCAUCCUCAAGAGUUGUUGGCUUCUGGGAAUUUUCACCCUGUCCCCAGCAUCAUUGGUGUCAACAAUGAUGAGUAUGGCUGGAUCAUCCCUGUGGCUAUAGAAAAUGUCCAAAACAUAAAGGAAAUAACCAAAGAGAACCUGGAGACUGUUAUGAAGAAAACAGCAGCACAAAUGAUGUUGCCUCCUGAGUGUAGCAACCUGCUAAUGGAAGAGUACAUGGGGGACAUUGAGGAUCUCCAGCCUCUCCAAAUACAGUACACGGAGAUGAUGGGAGACUUCAUGUUUGUGAUCCCUGCACUCCAAGUAGCACAUUUUCAACGUUUCCAUGCCCCUGUAUACUUCUAUGAGUUCCAACAUCAGCCCACCUUUGUCAAGCAAGUAAGGCCACCCCACGUGAAGGCUGACCAUGGAGAUGAGGUUCCCUUUGUCUUUGGGUCCUUCUUCUGGGGUGUGAAACUUAACCUCACUGAGGAGGAAGAGCUACUGAACAGGAGGAUGAUGAAGUACUGGGCCAACUUUGCAAGACAUGGGAACCCCAACAGCGAGGGUCUACCCUACUGGCCCAUGAUGGACGAUGAUGAGCAGUACCUGCAGCUGGACAUCCAGCCUGCUGUGGGCCGAGCCCUGAAGGCCAGAAGGCUGCAGUUCUGGACCCAGACUCUGCCCCAGAAGAUCCAGGAGCUAAGGAAAUCUCAGCACAUGCACAAAGAGCUAUAGUGCCCUGUGUGAGGGAGGAAUGGUGUGUAGCAUUGGCUGCUGAUGGGGUCACCUUGAUGUUCCCAAAACAUACUGAGUGACCUAGCAUUCACAUAACAUUCACAACCUCUACACUUGUCUGUUCUUCUGCAUUUAUCAUGAAUCCUCUGUAUGCGACUCUAUCCUGCUGGGUCAUCUUUGUUAGACCCACUCAAUAAAUGUUCCCAUAACAAUAUGGAUCUGUCACUCCCAAAGUACCCAUCCGUUUUCACACCCCACUGGGACUAGGUCUCUUCUUUCUUUCCUUGCCUCAUCUCUGAUCCUCACUAUCCUCUUUUCUAAGACCAAAACCCUC